ACUGCCCAUCCCGGCUCACUGCCCAUCCUGGCCACCCUCCCUCAGGGGACUCCUGAGCCUCAGAGACAUCUGACAGAACCAAGAGAGUCUCAGAAAUCAAGAGGCCUUCCCUCUUCCGGGACCUGCACGCCUGUGUUCCAUCUCCUCCCAUUACACCGCGAUCGCUCGCUUCAUUUUAAGGGGGCACAUGGUGGAGAGGAAACAGAGGACUGACGGCUAGUGGUCCUCACUUCUUCUAAUCCAGGCCGCCUCCCCCUACCGGCGUCUGUCUCCCCAGCUAUCCCACUGGAUGGCUUCUCGCACCCUGAGCAAGUGCUGAAACCAGUCUGUGACUCUGGGAGCCCCCUUUCCCGGGCCCUGAGACCUGAGGGCAGGGAGCCAGUGGCGCGCACGAGGGGCCCCAUGGACCUGCCCCCGCAGCUCGCCUUCGCCCUUUACAUGGCCGCCUUCGCCCUGGGCUUCCCGCUCAACGCCCUGGCCAUCGCAGGCGCCGUGUCCCACGCCCGGCUGCGCCUCACCCCCAGCCUGGUCUAUGCCCUCCACCUGGGCUGCUCUGACCUCCUGCUGGCGACGUCUCUGCCCCUGAAGGCGGCGGAGGCCCUGGCCGGGGGAGCCUGGCCCCUGCCAACCUCACUCUGUCCUGCCUUCGCCCUGGUCCACUUCGCUCCUCUCUACGCGGGCGCCGGCUUCCUGGCCGCCCUGAGCGUCGGCCGCUACCUGGGAGCCGCCUUCCCCUUGGGCUACCAAGCUGCCCGGAGGCCACGCUAUUCCUGGGGCGUGUGUGUGGCCAUAUGGGCCCUUGUCCUCUGUCACCUGGGGCUGGUCUUCGGGUUGGAGGCUCCGGGAGGCUGGCUGGACAACACCACCAGCUCCCUGGGCAUCAGCACGCCAGUCAACGGCUCUCCAGUCUGCCUGGAGGCCUGGGACCCGGCCUCGGCGGGCCCCGCGCGCUUCAGCCUCUCGUUGCUGCUCUUCUUUCUGCCCCUGAUCAUCACGGCCUUCUGCUACGCGGGCUGCCUCCGGGCGCUGGCCCGCUCAGGCCUGAGCCACAGACGGAAGCUAAAGGCGGCCUGGGUGGCCGGCGGGGCUCUGCUCACGCUGCUUCUCUGCUUGGGACCCUACAAUGCCUCCAACGUGGCUGGCUUCCUGCACCCCAGCAUCGGAGGCUGCUGGCGGAAGCUGGGGCUCAUUACAGGUGCGUGGAGCGUGGUGCUCAACCCGCUGGUGACCGGCUACUUGGGAGGGGGCGCUGGCUGGGGGACAGCGCGUGGGGCAAAAACAAAAGGGGGGCCGUCCCAGAAGUAG